AUGCUGGAAACAGCUCGAGAGCUCACCCUAGAGGCUGCACAGUCCGCAGCAAGCAAUCGAAGCUCGAAUACCGACUACUCUUCACGCACCUAUAGUAUUCCUCAUAUCAAAAAGCUUCUGGAUAGCCGCCAUGAGAAGGAAACUCUGGAUGGGCUGCGGAGGGUCAUUUCGUUGAUGUACCGUUCCGAACCUUCUCUCGAUUUCUUCUCGGCUGUCGUCAAGAAUGCAGCCAGCGCCAACCUCGAGAUCAAGAAACUGGUCUACAUUUACCUGGUACAUCAUGCGGAGGCCGAGCCGGACAUGGCGCUGCUGUCUAUCAACGCGAUCCAGAAGUCCCUGACCGACCAAAAUCCUCAGGCUGCUGCACUGGCUAUCCCGAAAUGCUACCGUCUAGAUCCGAAUACGCUGCCACAAUUGACCGGGUAUGUCGCAACCCUCCUGGGGGAUACACAAUACUUCGUCGUGGGUCCGGCGGUUGCUGCGUUUCUAGAGGUUUGCCCGGAAGAGAUUGAUUUGGUUCAUAAGCAUUACCGCAGCCUCGUCAAGAAGCUCGUCGAUAUGGAUGAAUGGGGCCAACUGGCGACUCUUCGUCUGCUGACCUUCUACGCCCGCCAAUGCUUUCCUCGUCGAACUCAAAGGGUAAAGGCGACUGUGUCGAAGCCCUUUUAUGAUGAAGAAACGGAGAACCAGCCCGCUCAGAGUGAUGGCGAGGGCCAUGAGGUACCAGUAACUGACGCUGACCUUGAACUCCUUCUCCGGGCUUGUAAGUUGCUGCUUCAUAAUCGCAACUCGGCCGUCAUAGUCAGUGUGGUUCGCUGUUUCCUCUACCUUGCACCCUCGGAAUAUCUCAUCUCAGCCAUCGGUCCCCUUGUGGCUCUACUUAGAAGUCCGCAAGACAUGCAACUCAUCGCGCUCUAUAACAUUGUUGCCGUUGCCUUGAGGGAGCCCAAGCCUUUCACGAAAUAUAUUGCCCACUUUCUAAUUCAUGCCAAUGAUCCCCCGCAUAUCUGGCGCCUGAAGUUGGAGGUUCUGACGAUCAUCUUUCCCCAUUGCGGGAAGCAUUGGAAGAGUGUUAUCAUCAGCGAGCUUGAGCACUUUUCUAAGGGUACUGACCCUGAACUGGUUCGAGAGAGUGUACGAGCUCUUGGUCGCUGUGCCCAAGGAGACGCCACUACUGCAGCCCUGUGCCUACGUAUUCUUCUCGGCCAGGUCGCUAGUCUGGAUGGGAACCUUGUUUCCGAAUCUCUCACUGUCAUCCGCCACCUGAUUCAGCAAGAUCCGACCUCGCAUAAGCAGACUGUCAUUCAACUCAUCACGCACCUUGGAACCACAACCAAUCCUGAUGCCCGGGCUUCCAUCAUCUGGCUGGUUGGUGAGUUUGCGGGCGCGGACCCGGGACAUAAUAUUGCGCCGGAUGUUCUCCGUAUCUUGAUCAAAAGCUUUGCCGAUGAGCCGGAGGUUGUCAAGCAGCAGAUCGUACUCCUUGGUGCAAAGGUAUAUCUCCACCAUCUCCUACAAAACCCAUUACAGGAGUCAACGCAGGCCGGCUCUUCAUCUCUCUCGGAACGCCCCGCGAACCUCGAACAGGAAAUCCGCAACGAAUGGAGCGAAGAGCGAGCAGAAGAAGAGAAACGCGGCGAUGACGCCAUUGACGUACAAGAAAAUGACAAGGGAGAGAUUGAGGCGAAAGAAGACGGAGAGGACCGUAUUACUUUACUAUGGCGCUAUAUUCUCCUUCUUGCUCGCUACGACACCUCAUAUGAUCUACGCGAUCGCGCCCGUCUCUACAAAGCCCUCCUCGCCAGCCCGUCUUCCACCCAAUUAGCGAAUCUGCUACUUUUGGCGCCCAAGCCCGUUCCCCAUGCCCCAAGCCCUUCGGAAACUCGCAAGGAUCUGCUUAUUGGAACUGCAACACUUGUUGUUGGUUCUGACGCUGGCUACCAUGGCCUAAGGGGUUACACCAACCUUCCUCCUUGGGUUGAGGCAGGACAAGAGCCUGAUCCAAGUCUUCGCAUGGAAGAGGUCAAGACAGAGGCACCUUCGCUUCAAGCUUCUAUGACCGCCGGCGAACGUUUAGACAAAGCGCUCCGUGAACAUCAGACCACUGACCCGCGACGCCGGCAGGCUGCAACAGGUGCAGCUGUUGGGAAGAAGAAUCUGGAUCAGUGGCUCGAUGAGGAAGAGGAAGAAACAGAGUCGGAGACAGAGACAGAGAGCGAGUCCGGAACUGAGUCCGAGGAAGAGACCGAUUCGGAAGAAGAAUCCGGUUCUGAAGAGGAUGAGGAUGAGGAUGAGACCGAUUCUGAGAGCGAGGCUGUUCAUAAAGAGGCGCAGCAGUUGCUUACACAACCCGGCUCGAAGCCUUGA